AUGAACCAGACACUUGGUUACCCACGGCUGCAAGUGUUACCAGGGUCUUAUGUUGCUAUAAAGUAUCUUGAGAAUGGCCAUGUAACAUUACCCCAAACCGGAAAGCCACCAGGUUCAGGAACCGUGUUUGUUUUUGGUACGACUGAGCCAGACCCUAAUGAGAUGCUGACGGAAGUCUUAAAGUGGACGCGGAAUUGCACCGGUGGUAGCAAGCGGGGGAGGCUAUUAGCAGCGCAAAGCUUUGAUGACAAUAGGUGCUACCAACUCAACGAUGGACCGAUAUCUAUCUCUCGGCAAAAGGCAUUUCCUAACUAUAUAGCCAACAGUGAUAUCAUCCAUGAGCAGUGGUGUGAAACUAAUAUCCAGAUCCCCGAAGACCUGCAGCCAAACAGUAUAUUUACACUAUACUGGGUCUGGAAAUGGCCAACGAGUAUAGGUGCAGUCAGCACGCUCCCUAAUGGUAAAGAUGAAUAUUAUACCACUUGCUCUGACAUCGAGGUGGUAGUUGGCUCGCUCCAAGAGGGUGCCGCCAACCCGUUACCAGGCCAAGACCCUCAAGUAAAUGCUGUUGCAAACUUCAAAGAGAGGAUCGCGAACGUUAAAGCUCAGAAUGAUUGA